AUGGAUCCGCUCCUGCUAGAAGGAGUUCGCCAUGAUGGAGCAACGGAUACAAAGACAGAGGCAGUCCCCGAUGGAAUUGUUUACACGGAUAUCAAACAAAACUUGGUCAUUGGAAAUCCGGGGGUAUUAACAUGCCGUUUUAACAAGGAUCCUAUCGCUGUUUACUGGUUAAAGGGCAUUGUUCCUGAGCAGGCACCUAUUCAGGUAAUAUGGCAUGAAGGAUCUAAGUCCGGCUCUAGAUAUGAAGAUGGUACUUACGACAUAGACAGAAAUUUUUCCUUAAUAAUCAAAGAGGUCAAGGACGCCGACAGAGGGCGUUACAUCUGUAGGGUUUCCAACCAUCGAGGGAUUUUGAUAAACAACUACACCGAUGUUACUUUGUUCUCUACUGGACUUGAAAUGGAUCCCUAUAUUUCCCUUCAGAAGGGACUUCCUGGAAUAAUCCCUUGCAAGAUUAAUAUAAGACCUAAAAUCGUAUCUUGGAAAAAAAUCAAUUCAUCUUCAGAGCUAAUAAAAGGGGUUGAACGAUACGAUGGUAAAGUCCAUAUAUCUGACAAUGAAACAGGGAAGUUUAAAAUCACCGAGGACUACUCGCUCUUUAUAACAAAUGUUGAUAUUGAAGACGAAGGGCAAUACAUAUGCGAAGUUCUUGAGGUCUAUACUUACGAAAAGUAUAAGAAUUCCUCAAGUAUCAGCGUGUUUGCGCAUCCAAUAGAUCCAUUCCCCGUUAUUGAAGGAUGCCAGAUGAACGAAGACCACAGCAACUGCAUCUUUACUGUAGAUUUACCAACUACAAUAACAUGUAGAGCGAAUAACUACUAUCCGUAUAUUGGACUGUAUCUUAAGGAUGAGUCGAAUGUCGUAAAAUCUCUCAACACCCAAACUUGGAGCAACACAGACGGGACUAAGAACAAAAGUGUAUCAAUUGUCGGACAUAUAAGUAGAAAUGUUUACACAUGCGUCGCAUAUGAUAUUCCAGGAGUGGAUGCUAACAAGUCAACGUCAGUACGAUUGAUUCGACAAAAUUCCUCACCCAAUCUAGUCAUUAUUGUGCCCCUCAUCAUUACUUCAGUAUUAUUUGCAACAGGCUUACUGUCAUGGAUCUUGUACAGAUUUGGUAAAGCUCCCUGUUUGUCGAAAGGAGAUAUACCUGCACGUGGAGAUGGUAGUAUUCUUUUACAUUUCAUUAGAUUUCAUUCACUGUCACAGUUACAACUAAAUAAAUGCAUUUUUCACAACUCAAAAUUUUAUAUCAAUUAACGGCUGUUAUUACUGAGGUAAUGGUAACACCGGUAUUCAUAAUUAUGCAUACCAAAAAAUAUGGGCGAUUCCAAGCAAAAGAGGACAGUUUAAGAAAUAUAUAUUGACUCUAUUUCAAAUGUGGAUCAAAAUUUUCUAUUAAAAAAUCGUAUGAAAGUUCAUAAAUGCAAAAGGGAACAUAAUUAGCAACAGGUUCCUCCCUUACGCAUCUCCUUAUAGGAGAAUCCGAACCCUACAAAAAUUAUAUACAUGGGAUUUUAUAUAUUUAUUUUUACUUACCCUCAAUUUACCCACAAUUUAAUGGAAAAUUAGUGUUUGUUUUGCAAACAAAAUUUCUCUUGGAUAAUCUGAAAGUCAUAAUUUUACAUUAUAUUAACCCUUUGUGCGCUGAUGUUGCAAUUUUGCACAUUCGUACAAUUUAAUUCGACAAUCGUAAUAAUUAGUUUUAUUUCCUACCUCCAAAUUAGAUAAGCUAAUAAAAGGCAAUAGUUCUUGGAUAACAUAUAUAUGAUAAUAAUGAGUAUGAAUGGUGCAAUAUUAAAGUCUUGAAUUGAAGAGCUCACUUGCAAAAGGGGUUUGGUCCAUUUUUCAUCAAAUUUGAUUUUUCAUGUCUUAAUGUAUAGAUUUUUAGUGGCUCUAUAAAAUGAUACCAAAGAAAAUUUGAAAUUCCUAUUAAAAAGUGAACUAAAAUAGC